AUGGCCUCUGCUGCUGUUCUCAAGAGUGUACGAUCGCAUCCCAAGCUCCUGUCACUGCAACACGUGGACGAUGCUUUUUUUGCCUGUAAUCGUGAUGCACCGAUGACUCCUCUGGCUACUGACUCGCCGCUUUUCGUUGCCGCUACCGUCUCCCCACGUGAUCCUACUGCUAAACUAGCGGCUGCUGCUUCGUCUUCCGUGGUCGCUGACUCCAAGUCGCAGUCCAGCAGUUCCACUGCUUUUGCUAGUCACCGUGUGUGUAUCCCAUCAUCAUCGUCAACCUCGAGUGACGUGUCGGAUGAGGAAGACGAUGAUGUUGAAGACGUUACACGGUCCACUUGCUCAUCAGGCAAACCUACGAAGAGUAACACUGGUCGUUGGACGGAAGCUGAGCACAAGCUUUUUCUGCAAGGUCUCGAGACUUUUCCCUAUCGUGCCUGGAAGAAGAUUGCGACACUCAUUAAGACACGCACUGUGGUGCAAAUCCGUACCCAUGCUCAAAAAUAUUACCAAAAAUUGGAGAAAGAGGAGGCUCGUCUCAAAGAGCGUGAAGCUCAAGACCGUGCUGCUAUUGCUGCGGGUGCUCUUCCCCCUUCGACACCGACAAGUCCUUCUUCGCAGAAGAAAAAGAUGCACUUGAUGCGCAAGCGUAAGUGCUCAAUGCUGGACAUGGACACGGACACUGAUAGCGAUGCAGCGGUAUUACCUAGUCUACCCAAGCGCCUUGCUCGUGAACAGCCAGUAACUGCUCACAUGUCCCCAAAGCAAAAGAUGUCUUCUUUCUCCAAUAACAAGACGUUCUUUGGGAACCCUAUGGAUCCCCGUUUCAUGUUUGGUCGCAAUAUGAAGAACCAUGCUGGCAUGCAACCGCCUCACCAGUUGCCGUUGGAUUUUGCUGAUGCUGCGGCUGAAGUCAUGAUCUUGGACUUUGCUGAAGAUAAGGCUCUGGCUGAAGAAUACUCGCUCGAUUGUGUGGACCAGACCCUAGCGUCUAUUGACAAUGAUGAUUUGCUGCAACUAACGGAAGAAGAACUCGAGUGGUUCUCCACUACGUCCACGGAGCAGAAUUUGACGAGUGAUGAUGUUAAGACUGCUAGUGAGACUGUGAGUGCUGAAUCGUUUGCUGAUCUUGGAGUUGGCGCUCUGGACGGCGACAAUUUUGCAAUGGACUUUUGCCUGGAUGAUGACGACGACUUUGUACUGGACCCUGAGAAAUUCCUGUCGAGCUAUUUUGCCCCGAACGACUUCCUCGAAGAGCGCCGCCCUAAUUCUCCGUUGCCCGUUGUUGGCACUCGCUCUCCUGCGGAGAAGCCAGCCUACUGA